AUGCGUACUGCAACGAUUACCGCUAUCCUCCUUACGCAGGCCCUUGCAUUGCCCUCCAGUGAGCUGGUUCGCAAGGAUUGCUUGCCGCGUGCCACGAAUAACACAAAUUGUGACUCCAACUUCUGCACUUGGUGGCACAAUGAAGCAGAGAUUAACACUGCCACUCCUGUGAAACCAGGAAACGUCCGCCAAUCUCACCAGUACUUGGUGCAGGUCAGCGUGGCCGGCGCGAACAAAUUCUUUGACUCUUUCGUCUACGAAGCAAUUCCCAGAAACGGUAAUGGAAGGAUUUAUGCUCCGGGAGACGCCCCGAACAGCAAUACUUUGGGAGGGGAUGUAGAUGAUGGCAUUACUAUUGAGCCAAGCAUCGGACUCAACAUGGCUUGGACACAAUUCGAGUACAGCCAGGAUGUUGAUGUGAAAAUCAACCGGAGAGAUGGAACGUCUCUCAAGGCAAAUGAGGUCGUCAUCCGCCCUGUGUCAACGGGAUAUGCUAUUUCCCAGUCUGAUGACGGUGGCAUAACGGUUCGGAUUCCAAAGGACACCAAUGGGCGACGCAUCUCGGUUGAGUUUGAUUCGGACUUGUACACGUUCCGCUCUGAUGGCAAUCAAUAUGUUACGUCCGGAGGGAGCGUUGUUGGUGUCGAGCCGCGCAAUGCUCUCGUUGUAUUUGCUAGCCCGCCAUUGCCUUCCAACCUCGUGCCUCAAAUGACCGAGAGCAAUACACAAACAAUGAAGCCCGGCCCCAUCAACAACGGCGAUUGGGGGAACAAGCCGAUUUUGUAUUUCCCACCUGGAGUGUACUACUUGAAUCAAGACCAAUCUGGUGCUUCCAGCAAGUUUGGUGCGAAUCACAUUCGCUUGUCACCCAAUACAUACUGGGUGCACUUGGCACCAGGUGCGUACAUCAAGGGCGCCAUUGAGUACUUCACAAAACAGAACUUCUAUGCAACCGGGCAUGGCGUACUCUCUGGCGAACACUAUGUGUACAUGGCCAAUGCUGCAAAGUCCUAUGUUGCAGAAAAGAGUGAUCAAUAUGGCCUCCGGAUGUGGUGGCAUAACAGCAUCGGUCAAGGGCAAAAGUGGACAUGUCGGGGUCCUACCAUAACUGCGCCGCCAUUCAAUACCAUGGACUUUAAUGGAAAUUCCGACAUAUCAACAGACGUUGCCGACUAUAAGCAAGUAGGAGCAUUCUUCUUCCAGACGGACGGCCCAGCGGUCUACCCGAAUAGCGUCGUUCGUGAUAUCUUCUACCAUGUUAAUGACGAUGGAAUCAAGCUAUACUACUCUGGUGUAUCGCUUUCUCGUGCAACGAUCUGGAAGUGCCACAACGAUCCCAUCAUUCAGAUGGGUUGGGACACGAGGAACGUAAACGGCAUCAACGUCGAUACGCUGAAUGUCAUCCACGCACGGUACUACAAGUCGGAAACUGUGGUGCCCUCGGCAAUCAUUGGAGCGUCUCCAUUCUACAUGAGUGGGAAAACGCCCGAUACGAGCAAGGCAAUCAGUGCCACAAUCUCCAAUGUUGUGUGCGAGGGACCCUGUCCUGCUCUGAUGAGAAUCACUCCAUUGCAAAACUACAAAAAUUUUGUCGUCAAGAAUGUUGCAUUCCCCGACGGACUGCAGAAAAAUAGCAUCGGUAUCGGACAGAGUAUCAUUCCUGCUCAACCUGGUGUGACCAUGGACGUGACAAUUGACAACUGGACUGUGGGUGGCGAGAAAGUCACCAUGCAAAACUUCCAGGCAGAUCAGCUUGGCCAAUUCAAUAUUGACGGAAGUUAUUGGGGGCAGUGGAAGAUAACGUAA